UACUAUUGGAUCAUCCUCACGUAAACCCCGCCCCCCGUGCAGCGAUUGGUGGGCGCUAUUGGAAGACAAGGCGGGGUUUUGGCUGUAGUCAUGCUGAAGUAGCAAACUCGCUUUAUGAAUUACUUUGAAUCAUUCAGGACUGUUUAUUAUUAUUAUUAUUAUUAUUAUUAUUAUUAUUAUUAUUAUUAAGGUAGUCAUGGAGAAUAUCCUGAGGAGGCUGUUUUCUUCUGAAGAGGAGGAACUUUACAUUUUGGACUGUCUUUCAUAUUUAAUGAUGUUCAUGGCUGUUGCGACGUGUGUAACUUUGCUCUUUCAGAAUGUACCUUACGGCAGAUACAGUUCCAGUAAAUAUGGAUUUCCGGUUAAUGUGAAAGUAGCUUGGUUUGUUCAAGAGCUACCUGCUUUUCUUGUGCCUCUGAGUUUACUAUUAUGGACUUCACCCUUGAAGAUAACAGUCCUACCUAACCAGCUCCUCCUCGGCAUGUACUUUUGCCAUUAUGUCCAAAGGUGUCUCGUAUAUCCGUUUUUAAUCCGAGGAGGAAAGCCCACACCGUUUGCAUCGUUUGCUCUGGCGUUCGUUUUCUGCAUUUAUAAUGGAUAUCUGCAAGUGAGAUACCUGAGCCAGUAUGCAGACUUCCCUCAGGGUUGGGUUUCACAUCCCUGCUUCAUCACAGGCUCCUGUCUAUGGCUUCUCGGAUGGAUAAUUAACCUUCAUUCUGACCACAUACUGAGGAACCUGCGCAGACCAGGAGAAACGGGCUACAAGAUUCCCAGAGGUGGAGUGUUUGAGUAUGUGUCCGGUGCUAAUUUUCUGGGUGAGAUCGUGGAAUGGGCUGGAUUUGCUCUGGCUGCUCAUUCUGUCCACAGUUUUGCUUUUUCUUUCUUCACCUUCAUCAUUCUUUCUAGCCGAGCCAUCGCCCACCACAAGUGGUAUCUUGAGAAAUUUGAGGAUUACCCCAAAUCAAGGAAAGCUCUGAUUCCAUUUGUGUUCUGAUGAAAUGACCGUAUGGCCUUUACCUACAAUGAAGAACAUCCAAACUUGUACUAUAUUAUGACUAUACUAUACUAUAACUAUAAACUUGUACUAUAUUAUGACUAUACUAUACUAUAAACUUGUACUAUAUUAUGACUAUACUAUAACUAUAAACUUGUACUAUAUUAUGACUAUACUAUACUAUAAAAUUGUACUAUAUUAUGACUAUACUAUACUAUAACUAUAAACUUGUACUAUAUUAUGACUAUAAUAUACUAUACUAUAAACUUGUACUAUAUUAUGACUAUACUAUACUAUAACUAUAAAAUUGUACUAUAUUAUGACUAUACUAUAAUAUAACUAUAAACUUGUACUAUAUUAUGACUAUACUAUACUAUAACUAUAAAAUUGUACUAUAUUAUGACUAUACUAUACUAUAACUAUAAACUUGUACUAUAUUAUGACUAUACUAUACUAUAACUAUAAACUUAUACUAUAUUAUGACUAUACUGUACUAUAUAAGGAGAUUUCUUAUUGCGUUGAAAUAUUAAGCACCAGAUCAAACCUGUCUAAGAAUCGAAGCACUCACCACAGGCAUUGCCAGUUAGUCCAUUGUAAAAAUGUAACUGUGCAGGAAUGAGUCACGGGUAAAUAAUUACACCUCAAGGCCUGACCUUUGCAUCUUGCCAUGUGCUCGGUUCAAAACAGACAAAAAAUUAAUCUUAAAAGGUUUAAUAUUUUAUUAAAAAUCCUAAGUUCAUUACAGCAUAUUACAAACUUUUCUUCUUAUUUGGUUAAGUAAUAUCCAGAAGUUUAAUAUUGAGAAGUUUAAGGCAAGUUAGAAAACUUUUUUUUUUUUUAAAGAAAAAAAGAGACUUACAUUUUCUUUUAUUGAACUCAAACAGUUUAGUAGAGUAGGUCAAAUAAAGUUUGUCUCUCAACCCCGAAAACCUCUAAAUUUCUAAAGUCGUCACUUGUUGGGCGAAAGAACAAACUUCAGUUGUUAAGAUCAAACAAAAGAUCAGCCUGUUUUUCACAGGAAUAUUACGACAGGGUCUGUCAAAAUGCCUUUCUUCAAAGUGCUACCAUGAGGGCUGUAAUUACACUCUGUUAUUACACUUGAACUCCAGCGAUUGUCUAUUACAAAAUUAUCUAAGAUAAAGGUAGACAGGUUGUACAAAACAUAGGUUGUACUUUGCCAGUGGCAGGUUUGUGGUUCUGCCUGUCGGAGCCAGCCUGUUGGGACAGGGCGCACUGAUACAUGACUGGCCUUAUCACUUUCUUCCCUUCUACCGCUGACUAUUUCCACUCUUUAGGUAUUCAGCAACUACACUGCAAAGGCCUGCUUGUGUUUACGCCCUUGAUUCCCACUGCUGUUUUCACUAGUUGUUGGAAUGCCCUGGCAGCUUCUUCCCUGAGUACAUCUGCUUUCCCAAAUUGACCGGGAUUUUGCACCCUCAGCCAAAUCGGCUAUGAUUGUGGCUGGUCACUUGGGCUGAAUCAUCAACUAAGGACUCGCAGUCCAGGAAACACUUCUGAAGACAUGGGUUAAUGUCUUGAACAUGGGUCUUGUAUGACCUUGGAAGUGGAAUUUGUUCUGUGAAUUGUGGUCACAUCAGUGACUGGAUCCCAUGUAUCGCUCAAUUCCAACGAUACAUACAUUGUUUUUGGGACUGCCAAGCAGUGGCAAGGCUUCAUCUACCCUAAAUGUGCGUGUGUGGCAGCCAUUACAGUGCACCAUAGCGGCACCAUACAUGGCAUCUCGCGAAGGUCCUAUAGGCUUAUUACUGCCUUUCUAAGUGGGGUCAAACACCUCUUCCUCCUUGUGUUGGACUCCCUUAAGUAAGGACCGUCUCUGGAAACUUUCUUGCUAGUGAUAUCUUCACCUAAAAGGGUUGGGGAGUUACAUGCUUGGGUGAUUUGCUUACCUUGAAUGCAUUAGUGGCCAGGUGACUUUGGGCUGAAUCCAGGUUUUCUGCCCAAGGUCAUAUCACCAAACUUUGUUAAUCAGUAAGUUGACCAUGAAGCCCUCAAUGGUCCUGCAGAGCAUGCAUUGCUGUUCCCCAGUAUGUGACUUGUGGCAUCAUUUAGACCAGGCAACCAUCAGAUCCUUAGACCAACUGUUUUGUUUUGUUUUUUGUUAUGGUGGGAAGACACUUGUCUACCCAGUGGGCCAGCCUUUCCUCAGACAUCAUCACCUUGGCCUCUAGACAGGCUGGAUGUCCAGCCCCUACUAUAACAUGCCAGACUCCUCCUCAUAGCCCUUGUUUAGAGGUGUGCUGAUGCUACCUUGCCAUGGCCGUGCACUUUCUCCAGACUUUACACCCAUCCCAGUGGUGUGAGCACAGCAGCCAUUUCUGAACACCUCUCCAAGCAUCACGCUAGUAUACUAUAUGCGAUCCAGGGGUUCUGCACCACACCUUGUGGUUAGGAUAAGUGAAAUACAUAUGUAAAUGUGGUUUGAUGAAUCUUGAAAAUUCUCCAGAGUUCCUUGUAAUUUGGAGUCUGUGCUAAGAGAGCUAAUUGACAUGGUUCUAGGCGAUGAUUUCUGUAUGGUGGUUUAAUGGUUAUGUACCCUCAUUGGAGACCUUAUGCAGGCAGAAGGUUAUUAAUUUGAAACAAUGAAAUGUUAAAGGAUGGAUAAUUACAGUAACACAUGGCAUAAAAGGAAUCAAGAUGAUUGGGAUGACUAAUUAGCUUGAAUACUCAAACAGUGAUGUUGACAAAUCUCGGUCUGUUCAGCUUGUGAUGAAUGGGAAAUGAGUUGUAAUUAAUUUAUUGAAUGAUGUGAAAUGAUUUUAAAGCUUGUAUAAAAUCAAUCCAUCAUUUUAAUGGCAGCAUAAAGACAUAAAGGAAGCCUUUUCUGCAGCAUCCUAUAAAAGAAAUGGAUUGGCUCAUUUCCACUAUAUCACUCUCUCGCUACAAUCUAAGGCUAUAGAUGCAGAAAAUGAACCAAGAGUCGUGAAUGCACUUUUGCCCUGAAAACAGCUCAUUCACAGGGACAUGUAUAGAAGAUCUACAGUGUACAUAAUCCAAGGCAGUGGUUCUCAACCAGGGGGGUGAGAUCUGAAGGGGGGCACAAAAAACAGACAGGGCAUCAUUUGGGUACUCUGUGUAUUUUUAUUGCUUCUCAAAUAUAAUGAGCAUAUAUUGGAAAAAAACAGCAUUCCCUCUCCCUCUGUAUUUUUGCUGGGGAGAGGCGGAGCUUAGCCAGCCUUUUAUGUAGCUGUCAGUGCAGACCAGUGUUGCCAACUUAGCCACUUUUCAGACCCCUUUAGCGACUUCUUUUGCAACAGCGACAAAUCUAGUGACUUUUUGGACAAACCUUAGUAACUUUCCAAAUGUGGCCAGUACUGUACUGCAAGCGUGAGGUCGUGCUUUCUUUUGCUGCACUCGCACCUCUCUCUGCGUCUGCUCUGUUCAGUGAGGGGCUGAAAGCCGGAGAUUUAACAAUGUCAUGGAGAAUGCAAGACGAAUGCAAUGCAGCAUGUUUUACAUGUAAAAUAGUCCAUCCAUCUUCAACCGCUUACUCCUUUUCACAGGGAACCUGGAGCCUAUCCCAGGGAGCAUCGGGUACAAGGCGGGUACACCCUGGACAGGGUGCCAGUCCAUUGCAGGACACACAUUUACACACCCAUUUAUACACUACGGACACUUUAGACACGCCAGUCAGCCUACCAUGCAUGUCUUUGGACUGGGGAGGAAACCGGAGUACCCGGAGGAAACCCCCGCAGCAUGGGGAGAACAUGCAAACUCCACACACACAGAGCCACGGGAAUCAAACGCCGACCCUGGCGGUGUGAGGCAAACGUGCUAACCACUAAACCACCACACGCCCCAGUUUUAUAAAAGUAAUUUUUAAAAAUUAUAAAAGUUAUGAAAAGUCAUUUUAAAAAGUACAAAAACACAAAAGCAAUAAAAUCUAUCUAUCUAUCAAAAACAGAUUAUAGAUUAGGUGUAUAUAUGGGGUGGAUUGCAUGUCACAUGAUAGCGGAGGCUUGGGGGGGCUUUAGUUACAAAAGGUUGAGAAUCUCUGAUCUAAGGCUAACGAAAAAAAUUAUUAGAAACCGUUAUUUAAAAAAGAAUGUAAUCUUUUAUGUUGUGAAGUUUUCUGUGAGAAGUUUAAGAUUUAUGGAAGGAGUCUCCAGUGUCAGUGCUUUGUAACAGUAGGUUUUGUUUCGUCACAAAAGGGUCGAGGACUUUGUAGUAUCUGUGUGUUUUAUUUGUUUGUUUUUGUUUUUUAAUUAUUACCUUGAUUACAGCUGCUAUAACAUGAUAACUUGUCUUAGGAAGGUUCCACAACAUUGAAUGUACCUAACAAACUGUUACUAAUCAUGACAUUAAUAAAUCGAAAAUUGUAA